CCUGUAAUUAAGGCUUGGAAGGUUACCGUGCACAACGGGUUAAGCCAGAUAACACCAAGCACAAGUAUAUAUUUCAAACAUGCAUUACAAUAAUACAAAAGUCCUACACCGGCACCUGUACUUGUUGAAAGCUUUUUGACAAAGUGUGGCAUUUUGAGUGGCGCAUGCGCACUACAUUGGAGAGACCGCACAGCCUGAAGUAAUUUGUUAAAUUAAAAGAAUAACAGGUUUUAGGUGACACACAAGUGUAAGGGAAGUUGUCUGCAAUCUUUUAAACAGGUGUGCAAAUGUAACGUUAAUAAUUUUUACUAAGAUAGCAGAAGAGUUUGAAACACAUUCAAAACAAAUAAACAAGUUAGCUGUGCAAGAGGUUUGUGUACCUCCCUGUUGUGGCGUGUGAACGUGAAACGGCUGGCGCUGUCCAAGGUAAUAAACACACAAAAAAGUAAAAUGCCGCCUGAAAGGGGAUUGCACAGAAGCUACACAAUAAUCCACUGUUUUGUUCUUGUAGAGCUGGUGAUAAUGGCAGGGACUGUCAUGCUGGCUUAUUACUUCGAGUACACCGACACUUUCAACGUACACGUUCAAGGAUUUUUCUGCUAUGACAGCUCGUACACCAAGCCCUAUCCUGGACCCGAGGAAAUAAGUGCGAUCCCUCCAGCCCUCCUGUAUUCAGUGGUUGCGGGAGUCCCAACUCUGGUUAUCUUUAUUACAGAAUGCGUGGUGUUUUUCCUUCAGAUUGCCACAAAAGAUUUUGAAAACCGUGAGAAGACAAUAGUAACUGGAGAUUGCUGUUACCUGAACCCACUGGUGCGCAGGACGGUCAGGUUUCUUGGAGUAUAUACAUUUGGACUUUUUGCCACUGAUAUUUUUGUAAACGCUGGGCAAGUGGUGACAGGGAACCUUGCACCUCACUUCCUUACAGUGUGCAAACCUAAUUAUACAAGCCUAGGCUGCCAGCAGACCAUUCGGUUUAUCAGCAACCAGGAGGCCUGUACUGGCAAUGUGGAUGACAUCAUUAGAGCCAGAAAAACCUUCCCCUCCAAAGAGGCAGCUCUCAGCGUGUAUGCUGCACUCUACCUGGCUAUGUACAUCACUAGCACAAUGAAAGCCAAAGGAUCAAGACUUGCAAAGCCUGUGCUAUGCAUGGGUCUGAUGUGUAUGGCGUUUCUCACUGGAGUGAACAGGGUAGCUGAAUACCGGAACCACUGGUCUGAUGUGAUUGCAGGAUUUAUAAUCGCCGUGGCAAUAGCAACCUUCCUGGCGGUGUGUGUGGUGCACAACUUCAAGCGAAGGCAUUCAGAAAGUGAAAAAACUCAGCUGGACAGCCUGCGUAAUAUACCUAUGAUCAACCUCCCAAGAGUAGAAAGCCCAAUGGAGAAAUAUCCGCCGGCAGUACAGAAUCACAUCACCUUUGCCGAAGUCACAUGACGUUGAAGAAGGAGUCCGUUCUACACAUUGGUCAUCCUCCCUAUUCACCGUUCAAUCAUCAUAAUUGGAGUGAAAUACUUAACCUGAGGUUAUCUAAUUGUUUAUGAUCAUGGUAUCUUCAAACACAUCAGCAAACAAUCUCUCAAAUUCAGACCGAAAGCUGAAAAGCACCGAAAGAGACUAUCUGCUUUUAACCAGUUGUCUACAGAAUCAUUGACUUUUUAUUUUAUUCAAACUUCUCCUCAUGAUUGCUAUCAAACAUGCCACUUCUUCAGAAGGAAUUCAGUAUAUGGAAUUCAUCUAAAUGUAUUGCCCAGCCCCAAAACUGCAAAUGUUGUAUAACACUACUAUACCUUUAGUUAAAUGCAUUUAUUUAUUUAUUUAUUUAUUUAUUUAUUUAUUUAUUUUACAAUUACAAUGUGAACAACAUUUGGACAUACAUAUUAAAAUAUACAGUGUAUACUACAUUUAAUAAGAUAUAUCUUAAAAAAAGACUUUAUAUUCAUGUAACACUUGGAAUUGAAUUAAUGGGUGAUUGUAAUGAAUGGUUCUGUGUGAGGUCACAUUUUUAUCAAACUGGCUGCAUAUUACACAGCAUACAGUAACAUCAACUUUUGCUUUAGAUGGAUGUUCUGUGUAAGCAUAGUAACAAAUACAUAAUGUAUAUUUCAUGGUUACGUUAUUGCAUAAGCUAUGCAAGAAUAUUGACACUCUUAAAUUAUACUUUCAAGGAUCUAUUUUGAAAAUAAAAAUGCAAAAGAACCAGAAAAAAACCCUGUUCUCUCAAUCAACACCAACAAGGCUUCUGUGCAGAUUGAUAACCAGAGACCUUGAAAUGAAUUUACACACACACACACAAAAAUAUGAUCUUUCUCUAAAAACAAAUCUCACAUUUCUCCAGAAAGGACAUAUAAAAAAUGAUUCUUAAAUAAUGCAAUGUUAGAGUGUUACAGCUAUAGCAUGUGUCUACCUGUUGCUGCUUUCGCUUUAUUCAAAUGUUUUUAUUUGUUCUUUGUUCUUUUGAAGUUGAUCAUGUUUCGUGCCAAGUGACAUACCCCAAUCAGGCACAUAAACCUGCUAAAAAGCUUAACUUGCAACUUGAUAGUAGAAAUACAAUAUUAGAAAUGCUGAAACAAUAUAUUGCAUAAGGUUUAUAUGGAUACAGCAGAAGCAAUACAUUUUGUAAAUACUACAUCUUGUUUCUUAGCAUAUGAUAUUUUGAAAAUUGGUCCUUUGUUGUUAAGCUUCUUAAGAAUAUUAUGCAACACAAAACCAAAUUCGCUUGAUAUUAUAACAUUAAUCUGCAAAGCAAUAACACAAUUUAAUUUGCUUCUGUCCCAGCUAUGUAAACAAAUGCAGGAUUUAGCUGAGUUUACAGGAUAUCAGAAUUCCUUGAGGGGUUGUUUGACCAGGAAUAUAAUCUCUUUAAUUAAACAUAUCUCACUAGGUGGGGAAUAGAAUGAAGACUGCUUUAUGGGAUCAUUAAUGCAAGUCUAAUCCUUUCUGGUCCUGCUGCUGUAUCGUAUAGUUCAAGUAAAGUACAUAUUACAAUUAUAACAUUAUAUGCAGGUAUUAAAAAAUGCUUUUGCAAUUGUGUCACUCCAUAUUAAAGUCUUGGUUUGUAGAAAAUGGCAUUUUACCAUUUAUUUUCUGUUCUACAGGACUUUGCAGUAAUAUAUUGACACAUGCUUUGCUUCUUUUUGAAAAUGCAGAAAUGUACCUUUUUACUUUCUUUAAUCACAUCCUUUUAUUUUAAUACUUAAUUGUGGUAGUAGUCGUGAAUAUAAAUCGUUGAUUAUGUGGCAGCUUGUAAUUAUGUUAUUCUGUGAACACAGUUUUACCUUCUCUUAUGAACGUUGUAUUAAGACAGCUAAAGCAAUAAUGGAAAGCUGAACAGCUUGAAUUUGAAUCUUUAAUGAUUUUGGUUACUAGCUCAAAGCAUUCUUGCAACCUGUUCAGUAACUUUGAAUAGCUUAGUUUUGUAGCAUCUUCUGAAUAUUGUUUUCUUACAUUAUUUAAAACUUCACUGUAUAUCUACUGGACUUCAAGAUUUUUUUCCCGCACUGUAUGUAUGCUACAUGUUUUGGUCCUGAAUUAUCGUUCAUUCAAUAUGAUCCCUUACUCUAAAAUUAUGCUCAAUCUUACUGUUCGUUUUUUACACUGUAGAUAACAAAUUGAUAUUCCAUAGUUUCAAGACCUUUUUUUAAAUAAAAAAGAAAAUGUAAAUAAA